AGCUCUCCGGCCCCACAAAGAAUUUUAGGGUUGGUUGGCUCUGCGCACCAGUUUCGAGAAAUUCGCAGCAAAAAGCUUCCCCGCCUAGAGAAAAAAGUCCGCCUUGAAGCGACCGACCGAGUUCCACGACAACAACAUCUCCCCUUUCGACACCCACCGAAACAUAGAAAUCAUGGCUGAUCGGGGAACUGGUGCCCGCGGCGGCGGCUUUGCUGCUCGUGGUGAUCGUGGUGGUGAUCGCGGCCGUGGCCGUGGCCGUGGACGUGGACGUCGCGGCGGCAACAAGAACGACGAGAAGGAGUGGCAGCCCGUCACCAAGCUCGGUCGUCUCGUCAAGGCCGGCAAGAUUAAGAGCAUGGAGGAGAUCUACCUCCACUCUCUCCCCAUCAAGGAGUACCAAAUCGUGGAUUACUUCCUCCCCAAGCUCAAGGAUGAGGUCAUGAAGAUCAAGCCCGUCCAGAAGCAGACCCGUGCCGGUCAGCGUACCCGCUUCAAGGCUAUCGUUAUCAUCGGUGAUUCCGAGGGUCACGUCGGUCUCGGUAUCAAGACUUCCAAGGAAGUCGCGACUGCCAUCCGUGCCGCCAUCAUCAUCGCUAAGCUCAGCGUUGUUCCCGUCAGACGUGGUUACUGGGGUGCCAACCUCGGUGCUCCCCACUCCCUCCCCACCAAGGAGAGCGGCAAGUGCGGUUCCGUCACCGUCCGUCUCAUCCCUGCCCCCCGUGGUACUGCCAUCGUCGCUUCCCCCGCCGUCAAGCGUCUCCUCCAGCUCGCCGGUAUCGAGGAUGCCUACUCCUCUUCUUCCGGCUCCACCAAGACCCUCGAGAACACCCUCAAGGCUACCUUCGCCGCUGUCUCCAACACCUACGGUUUCCUCACCCCCAACUUGUGGAAGGAGACCAAGCUUAUCCGCUCUCCUCUGGAGGAGUUUGCCGACACCCUCCGGGACGGCAAGCGUUACACCAACUAG